AGCAUGAAAAGCUGGAAGGUUGGAAAUCUUUACAAGACUUUCAGUCGGAAGAAGGAACUGACUCCCGGGCAUGAAACGAAACUCGCACGAUGUCUGUCAACGUUGGAUCUGACAGCCCUUGGAAUCGGUUCGACCCUCGGAGUAGGUGUCUACGUUCUGGCGGGAUCGGUUUCGAAGGGGAUCGCUGGUCCAGCUGUGGUGAUAUCGUUUGCUAUUGCCGCGAUUGCGUCCAUGUUCGCUGGUCUAUGCUACGCGGAAUUCCUGAUCGGUUGGACGCUAAUCCUGGAGUACGUGAUCGGCUCGGCGAGCGUGGUGCGAGGCCUGAGCACAUACGUCGACGCUUUGUUCAACAACACGAUGCGUAACGCGUUCGAGUCAGCUGCGCAUAUCGACAUCAAUCAUCUCUCUUCUUAUCCGGACUUCUUUGCGUUCGGUGUCACUCUAAUCUUCUCCGCCGCGCUGGCCUUCGGGGCGAAGGAAUCCUCCGUGGCGAACAACUUCUUCACCCUGGCGAACCUCUUGGUGGUUCUUUUCGUGAUAAUCGCUGGAUCCUUUAAAGCUGACGUAACGAAUUGGAAAACGAAGCCCACGUGCACGGAGGAAAAUUGCGAUUACGGAACCGGAGGAUUCGCCCCGUAUGGUAUCGCUGGAAUCAUAACGGGUGCCGCGACGUGCUUCUACGGAUUCAUCGGUUUCGAUUGCGUCGCAACUACCGGGGAGGAAGCGAAGGAUCCACAGCGAUCCAUUCCGAUAGCGAUCGUUGCAUCUUUGACCGUCGUUUUCUUGGCGUAUUUCGGCGUCUCGACGGUCCUCACCACUGUUCUUCCGUAUUACGAGCAAAAUCCGGAUGCACCAUUCCCGUACCUGUUCGAAAGAAUCGGUUGGGGUUGGGCGAAAUGGCUGGUCACGAUAGGCGCUAUCUGCGGUCUGUGCGCCAGCUUGCUAGGCGCAAUGUUCCCAUUGCCGCGUGUCAUUUAUGCGAUGGCCUCCGACGGCUUGAUCUUCGAAUGGAUGGGAAGAAUCAGCUCCAGAUUCCAUACGCCACUAAUGGGUACCUUCUCCGCAGGACUUCUUACAGGUGUACUGGCUGCGAUAUUCGAACUGACGCAACUGGUCAACAUGAUGAGUAUCGGAACGUUGCUUGCUUACUCGAUCGUUGCGACUUGCGUGCUGAUAUUACGGUACGAGGAGAGCGAAGCGUACGAGAAAAAGGGAGACCACGAUCCAAGGACUGUAACGUUCAUCGCUAGACAGUUAAUCAAUGUUAACAAAUUAAAGCAUUCGACCAAAUUAACGUCGCAAAUCGUCACGGGCCUCAUCGUUUGCUACCUGAUCCUCUGCGUGUGCAUCGGCGUCAUAGGUUCGUUGUACGUCGGCGAUAUCUUGACCGGAAAACUCACGGUUGUCCUGCCCCUAGUGGCUCUGAUACUUGUUUUGUUACUCGUCCUCACUUGUAUUUACCUUCAGCCGACUUCUGGAAAGAAACUCGCGUUUUCGGUUCCGCUGGUGCCGUUUCUACCUGCGCUCAGUAUUCUAAUUAAUAUUUACCUUAUGAUGAUGCUAGACAAAAUGACAUGGGUGCGAUUUUUGGUGUGGAUGGUAAUAGGGCUCGGAAUCUACUUCUUUUAUGGCGUUUGGCACAGUAAGAUGAGACAGAAAGAAUGCCCGAAAGCAAUGGAUAACGGUAUCAACGAUGCAGAAACGUGGAGGAGAACCGAAAACUUUUCCAGAUCAACGUGA